AUGGAGGUGGAUCAGGAAGUCGAGGCCAGCGAAGCCGAGAAGAAGAUGUUCGAAGAUCUUCUAGAAAAGGCGCAGAGCUUUGAGGCCAGCGAUGUGGCAAAGGCCAAAGAGGCCUACAAGGCCAUCAUCUUCAAACAGGACGUCGAGGAUCCCAACGCUAAGUACAGGGAGAAGGCCAUCUAUGCCUUGGGCGACCUCCUCGUCGCCAAGAAGUUGCCCCAAGACAUCUCCAGCUUGAGCAAGGACCUGCGCCCACUGUUCACGGAGCUGCCGAAGGCAAAAACUGCAAAGAUCGUGCGGCAUCUCAUUGACCUGCUGGCGAAGACGGAGAAUUCUCAGGCGCUGCAAAUAGAGAUGUGCAAGGACUGCAUCGAAUGGUGUAAAGGCGAGAAGCGAACUUUCCUGCGCCACCGAGUCGAAACAAGAUUGGCUGGGCUGUAUUUGGCAGAGCUGAAAUACCAAGACUCUUUGGAGUUGCUGACGAAGCUCCUAUCCGAAGUCAAGAAGCUCGAUGAUAAGCUGCUGCUUGUUGAGAUCCACACUAUCGAGUGUCGGGUCCACUACGCGGUGCAAAACAUGCCGAAGGCGAAAGCUGCCCUGACGGCUGCCAAGACAAAUGCCAAUGCCAUCCACUGCCCGCCAUUGCUGCAGGCUGAUAUCGACCUUCUGUCUGGCAUUAUCGCCGCAAGGGAGAAGGACUACAGGACUGCCUUUUCCUACUUCUACGAGGGCUUUGAGGCCUUCCACCAGUCCAAUUCGACUGCCAAGGCCCGCAAAGGAUUGAAGUACAUGCUGCUCUCCAAGAUCAUGUCGAAUCAGCCGAAGGAGACCAGCACCAUCAUCAGCAGCAAGUCAGGUCUGCAGUAUGUGGGUCCUGAGAUUGAUGCCAUGGCUGCCGUCGCCAGCGCACAUGAGGCCCGAUCUCUCAAGAAAUUCGAAGCAGUUCUCGAGCAGCACAAGCAUCAGCUGUCCGAGGACCCUAUCAUUCAGUUCCACCUCUCAGAUCUCAAUGAGACGCUUCUGGAGCAGAACAUCCUUAGGAUACUGGAGCCGUUUAGCCGAGUCGAGAUCAGCCAUGUGGCCGAGCUCAUCGAGCUCCCUUUGGCACGAACCCAGGCGAAGCUCAGUGAGAUGAUUCUGGACCAGAAGCUGAACGGCACCCUCGACCAAGGUGUUGGUGUUCUUAUCGUCUACGACGAGGAGCAGGUCAGCUCCACGUACGAGAACUCACUGAAGACGAUCAAGAACACGGCAGAGGUCUUGGACACGCUCUACACUCAAGCGAAGCAGCUUGCAUAG